AUGUCUAAUCAUUUGGCUCUGGUCCAGAUCUCGCGAGCAACCCACAAGAUCGCAGACCACCCAGUGAGGAAGCAUGACACCAAGAAAAUCGACCCGUUUCUGGUAAUUGCGGCCAUCUGCACAGCAGUCAAUGGCGCGCUUCGCAUAAACAUGUCAGUUUUCCUCUCUCCAUUGAGCGAUCAAAGAGCAAACGGUAGAUGCCUUUCUACGGGUAACCCAUUCGGACUGACUCGAGCAAACCCCCAUAGCUUCAUAUCUCUCGGUCUCUACGGCGUCAUCUAUACCUUCAUAUCUCGGCGGCUCUGGAUCCCCGCGGCCGCGCUCUUCAUCUUGCAGUACGCGGGCUUUGCACUCUACGUCGUCUUCCGUGGUGUCCCAUCGCCCGUAUCCCUGGCCCUUGGCAUCGCUCGGACGCCGUCACUGAUCCAUCUCUUCUUGCUGGGUCUGGUUGCUGGCACGCUGUCAUUUGGCGGCGCCUACACCGCCAUACCAUUUGUGCAAGUUAAGGCUGUCCUGAUUAGGGUGUAA